AUGGAAAUAAAGAUAUUUGCUGACAAGCAGGUCUGUGGUUCAAAAGUGGAAUCUGUGCUCGCCACAAAGCAGGGCGUACUCAAUACGCCUGAGGGAAAGCGUUUAUCGUAUACUGUGCCAAAAGAAGAAAAUAUCAAUGACCAGGAAUUUCAGUGUUUGAAAGAGGAUAUCAGCAAUUUAUUAUUUGAGCUUGGCAAAGACAGUGGAAGUGUCACUCGAAAAGAAGUCUCUGCUUUGCGACAGAAACUUCGUGCUUGGUCAAAACCUGAUGAGAGGGCUGUCAUAAUUGAUUCACUCAAUGUAUUUCAUGGCUCGGCAAGGGGCUUCGGACCGCUAGUGGAGUUGACGAACAGGCUUGCAGACGAGUACAAAAAUGCAAUAUUGGUGACGCGACCAUUUUUAUUUGAAAAGUUGAAGUCGGUUCGGUGGCGCGGAAACGUUCGAACAUUUUCGUGUACUACGCUGUGA